AUGGGCAAUCGAUGCAUUUGUCUGCAAAGUCAGCAGGAUGCUCUCUUAGCACCAGGAGUAACAGAGGUACUGGCUGGCAGGGAGUCGUCGCCGACCAACCGGACACUUCCGGCAUCAGAGGGCUCCGAAGGCCUGGUGCGAUCCGAGACUGUCACGGUUGUUUUGGAGGGAGGCCUCCAGUACACCGGCCAAUGGAAGGGCGAUGUUCGAGAAGGGAUGGGCAUCCUGCUUCGCCCGGACGGCAACCGCUACGAGGGACAGUUUGAGAACGACAUGGCGCACGGAAGUGGCCGCCUUGUGACCGCCAGUGGAGACGUCUACGACGGGGAGUGGCGCCAAGACAAGGCCCACGGGUUUGGCCGGCUGGUCCAGAAGUCAGGACGGAGCUACGAGGGGCAGUGGGAAGAUGACCUCCAACAUGGCUAUGGUGUUGAGCAGUGGAUCGACGGCUCCCGCUACGAAGGGUGCUAUGUCCGCAAUUGCAAGCACGGGCAAGGCACCUUCACUUGGGCAGCCGGUUCCUCAUACACCGGGUCCUUUGAAGAGGACGAAAUACAUGGAGUCGGCCACUAUCAGUGGGCAGAUGGACGAACCUACACUGGACAGUGGGAGCAGAACUGCUGUCAUGGUAUGGGUGACAUGUUUUGGCCAGACGGGCGUGCGUAUCAUGGAUGCUAUGCAGCAGACAAGAAGCACGGCGAGGGCUGCUACAUGUGGCAAGAUGGGCGCCAGUACAGCGGUCAGUGGAAGGAUGGCAAGCAGCAUGGAUUCGGCAGAUAUUUGAAGCUCGGUGUUACUUGUCCGUCUGCUGUCGGCUGUGACAAGCAGUUGGUGUUGCAGCACUACUCGGACAUGGUCGUAAGGGUGUUUGUCAUCGCCGAAGCCACUGAAGUCACCAGUCAGCUGAGCCAGCUGGUCUGGGUUUGCUGUCCUAUGCAUCUGGAGCGGUACUGCUAG